AUGGAGACAACUAGCAGAAACCUAGACACAUCACCACCGUCUCUCGUGGCCGAGACAAUCCUAUCGGAGAAGGAGAAAUCCGACGUUAAGUUCCAAGAAAUCCCCGUCGUGGAUCUAAGUAACCCCAGUGAAGAGCUUGUGGCGCAUGCGGUGGUCAAAGCAAGCGAAGAAUGGGGGAUUUUCCAAGUGGUUAAUCACGGAAUCCCGACCGAGCUAAUACGGCGUUUGCAAGAAGUUGGGACGGAAUUUUUCGAGCUACCCGAAAAGGAGAAGGAAGCCGUAGCGAGGCCAGCUGAUGCAGUGGACAUAGAAGGUUAUAGGAAGAUGUACGAGAAAGAUAUAGAAGGUAGAAACGCAUGGGUCGAUCAUCUCUUUCACAGGGUUUGGCCACCAUCAAAAGUCAGUUAUACAUUUUGGCCAAAAAAUCCUCACGACUACAGGGAGGUGAAUGAGGAAUACACAAAGCACAUAAUGAAGCUAUCAGAGAAAAUAAUGGAGUGGUUAUCAGAGGGAUUAGGGUUACAACGUGAGGCGUUGAAGGAGGGUCUCGGUUGUGAAACAGCAGAGUAUCUGAUGAAAAUCAAUUACUAUCCGCCUUGUCCAGGUCCUGAUUUAGUCAUUGGAGCUCCGGGUCACACCGAUAUCAAUGGACUCACACUCUUAGUUGCUAAUGAGGCCCUCGGUCUUCAAGCAUUCAAAGAUAACCAUUGGGUCGAUGCCAAGUGUACCACUUCUGGAAUCAUCAUCAUCAUCGGCGAUCAGUUCCUUAGGAUGAGUAAUGGGAAGUAUAAGAGUGCGGAGCAUAGAGCGACUAUGGAUAAAGAGAAGACGAGAAUCUCAUGGCCGGUUUUUGUGGAACCUAACCUUGAUCACGUCGUCGGACCUUUGCCGGGGCUCAUCACCGGCGACAAUAAUGCUCCUAAGUUUAAGCCUCAUGCCUACAAAGACUACAAAUUUCGUAAACUUAAGAAGCUUCCUCUGGACUGA